GUCGGCUCUUGUCUUACAGUGAUAGUAAUCAAUCCACAUUGCUGUACGACAGCGCCUAAAUGAACGCAUCACCCCGCUGGUAUCCCGCCUAUUGCUCUACGCUUUCAGCCUGAAAGGCAACUCGAAGCCAUCCGUCUCCCCGCUCCAUCGUUGAUCAUCCCACCACCACCUCGUCUCCUUCACAGCUGUGUCGCUUUCGUCAUCCCACCAUCGGUCGACCGCCGCAGGCUGGUGUAGCGUCUCGUCCAAUGGCUCGGCUGGCAGCUCUUCCAGCGACUCUUUGAUGGCGGCAUUCUCAUCCAACAGCUGAUCCAACUUUUGCACACACAUGCACGGCAAAAAAAUCAGCCAGCCAAGUAUGGCACAUUUGACCCGGCAUCGUACCUUUUGUAAGCUCUCCAACUCCUUCCCUUGCAGCGACAGCUGCUCUUUCACCACCAGUAGCUGAACACAUGUACGUGCGAGCAUCGACUUGUAUUAUCUGAUCUCUCUCGUUCUCGUUCUCCCUCCUCAGUCACUUUCACUGACCUCCUUGAGAGCAGCACUGUCCUCCAGGCCCCCACCGAAGGCCUGCGUGUCGACGGUGCUCUGGUGAUGAAAGCUAAGUGAAGGCUUUGGCCGCUUUGCAACGGCUACAGCCUCGAUUGUGUCGACCUGUAGCGCAGAUCGGAUAAAUGCAUGCAGAGAACCAACAGGCAGAGAAAGAGUGCCGAGCCAUUAGCUAUCGCAUACAUGCAAUGAAUGCGCACUUGCCUUCAGAUCGGGGGACUGUGUUGCUCCGUGGGAGGGCUCGUGCUGCAGCAUCCCGGCUGUGGGCAUCACAGCUGGACGCCGAACGAGGGGAAGGGAAAACAUGAGACACGAAUAAGCAUCGAUGCGUACCAGGAGAUGGACAUCCGGGGGUGCGUGCUCGUGUCUCUUUACCUGUUACAUGUUUGGCGUGAGCGGUCUCCCUCUCGCCAUGGGGCUCGGGAUGGUCUUCUUCAAUCGUCUCAAAGCGCUGAAUAAACACACAUCCAAGCAACACCAUGCAGCACAAUCAGACGGCCUGCAUCGGGCGGAAGCUCCUCAUAGUCCUCACCUUUUCUUCCUUCCAGCGGUCAUGGGUGAACUUGUGGUCUUGUGCAUCUCCGCCGAAUGUGCUGUGUUGCCACCAGGAGCGUCGUAUCUCGGGCUCAUGGUGGAGCGUCGUAUCUCGCUCCUCGCCUUCAUCGAUAUGUGUCUCCUCCAUUACCUGUAUGAUUGCCUCGAGCCUCUGCACAUCAGCCUUGGCCUCGCCCAGCUCUCUGGCCCGCUGCUUCAUUGCCGUCGACCGACAGCAAAGAGUCCACAGCAGCGCCACUGAGACGACGAGAAACACGGCCGCUCCAGCCACAGGGAUGAUCCACGCCUCGAGUGGAUGCUCCCAAAAGGUAAGAGAGCCCAUGACAGCCGGCCGUCAGAGCCCCUGGCCUUCUGGAUGGAGCAGCACCUCGGCAGGGAGCACCAAACAAAGUGACCUGAUGCGAGGCUGAUGGAUGAGUUCAGUCAAGACAGUCGAGCAACACGAAGGAUGGAGGCUCCUGUGGACGAACAUUUGCCGAUUUUUUGCUUCUCUCCA